AUGGCUAGUUCAACGCAUAAUCCUGUCAUUCUUUUGAAAAGAAUAGUAUCUCUCACGGAAAACUCUCCUCUGAUUCUGUGUCUAGAUUCGAUGGCGCAGACGUCAUGCAGAGUGAUCCAAGAGUUCAUCCAUCAGAGCAAAAGUAAAGGCAAUGAGUGCCCCAUCGUGUAUAUAUCUUUCGAAACAGUAAAUAAACCAAUUUACUGCACACAGUUUAUUGAUGCGACGCAAAUGGAUUUUGUACAUUUGGUGAGACAAAUUACAUCAUAUUUACCAGCGGCCACCACCAUACAGGCAAAAAAACACAUGGUCAUUAUCGAUUCGUUGAACUAUAUAUCUACGGAUCAUAUAACUAGAUUUCUGUCUGAAAUUGCGUCCCCUCACUGCACGAUACUCGCUACUUAUCAUAAAGAUAUAAAAGAUGGAGAUCAUACAGUAAUAUCUGGCUCAAAUAGUAACUAUCCUGAUAAGUUGACUCUAUUACAGUUUAUGGCGACUACAAUAUUGGACAUUGAUGUGAUGUUGACAGGAAAUCACGAUACUGAUGAAGUGAGUGAAUUGUUAAACGAGUUUCGAAUUCCUCGUGGGUUAAAUAACGAUAUAUUUCAAUUACGGUUUGUUAAUAAACGGAAGUCUGGCAGAUCAUUAGAAUACGACUUCAUGGUAAAUUCAAAGACUCAUGAGUACGAAUUAUUGAGCACAAAGCAAGAGGAUGAGAACAGUGGUAAUGGAUUGGAGACUCCUGAAACAUUGCAAGGGUUAACUACAUUCAACCUAGGUACGUCCAAUAAGCAGAAGUUGGCCAAAGAUCAAGUUGCCUUGCCUUUUCUGGAGGCACAAAGUUUUGGACAAGGUGGCGCUAUUGUUUACGAAUACGAAAAGGAUGACGAUUAUGAUGAGGAAGAUCCAUAUGAGGAUCCCUUUUAG